AUGAGUAGGGCCUUCAGGGCGAGGCCCCUGGACGUCAGUCGGCCCCUGGAAUUGAUUGUCGACCUGGAGCUGUUGGACAGCACCGAGGGCCUGCCGGCGCGGGACGUGGUCCACAACCAUGCUGUUCUCGACGCAGAAAACGAAAAGCCCAAGAUGAUCCAGCAUGCCAUGGGCGGCAAGGAGAUCCCGAUCCCCGGGAUCGUGAGGGUGCCCACCUACCACACAGACUACCUGCCCGUGAGGCGGGAGCGCAACACCUACAUCCGGCCCAAGGGCGGGGUGGGGUAUGAGGACCACAUCUUUGUUGAGUACGACCUGGAUGCAGAGGAUGAGGCGUGGCUGAAGCAGUACAACGGCAGCGAGCCUGAGCGGCUGUCUGAGGAGAAGUUUGAGAUGAUGCUGUGGAGGCUGGAGAUCAGCAACGCAGCCGCCACUGACCGGGUGCUGACGCUGAGCGGCGCCGCCCCCGCGGAGCGCUCCUCUGUGGCCGCCUGCGCCACCACCGACCACAUGCCACGGGAGGAGGCGCUUCAGAUGCUCGAGGAGACGUGCUCGGCCCGCGACACGAUCCGGGCGGACGUGUAUGCUUACUGGGUGGCGCGGCGCAAGGCCAUGGGGCGGCCGCUGAUGCGGCGCCUCAUCGCGCCCACGCCCGUCAACGACCAGAACCCUUACAACGUGUUCAGGCCCCGGGAGCGCAUCCACCGCCCGCAGACGCGGCGGCGGCGCGAGAACAACGCAGACAGCCUGGAGAAGCUGCGGAUGAUUCGGGAGAACGUGCUCAAGGCACUAGACAUCCUGGAGUGCCUGGUGAAGCGGGAGCGCAAGAAGCGGGACCUUGUGUACGUGGAGACCGACAUGCAGCAGCUGCAGAUCAAGCAGCGGCACGAGCCGCGGGCGCAGCAGGAGCAGAUUGAGGGCGAGUACGCGGCUGCGGUGCGCGGCAAGAACCCCAAGCGCCCCAUCGGCUUCGAUCGCCUGCCCGAGGCGGCGCCCCACACCACCAACAUGCUCCUGGACUUUAAGACGAAGAAGAACAAGAAGCGCAAGAAAUUUGGAGAGGUCCCGCUGCUGCAUGCGGUGUCACACCUGCAGCCGCCGCCCGUGGGGCGCCAGCCCGGCCUGCCCUUUGCCGCGCAGCCAGACCUGGGGGCUCUGUCGCUCGAGGACGGCGGCGAGCUGGGGAGCCACCUCAAGCUGCCCAGGCAGCAGGCGGCAGACGGCAGCUGGUGGCAGCCCCGCAUCGGCCGCGGCGGGCGGCUCGUGUUUGACCGCUGCCAGCCUCUGGAGGCGUUCUGGCGGGAGCCCGGCACCCCCGAGCAGCAGGAGGCGGCGGCGGCAGCGGCGGAGCGGCAGCAGCAGCAGGACGAGGCGGCGGCGCCGGCGUCAGGGGGCAAGGCGGACAGAGGGGACAAGCCUGGGUCGGCGGGCAAGGGGAAGAAAGAAAGGGAGAAGGAGGCGGCCGGCGCGGCUGCCAUCAAGCAGGAGCCUACGGAUGGCGAGGCCGGCGGCCAGGCGUCCCCCAGCGGUCAGCAGCAGCAGCAGCAGCAGCAGCAGGACGGCGGCGGCGGCGGCGCCGACGGGCAGCCACCGCAGGCGCAGCCGGGCGGCGGGGUGGGCGGCGGCGGCGCGGGGCCGGCCUGGAGCUGGGACGUGCCGCUGUGGGAGCAGGCCAACCCGUAUGCUGCCUGGCUCAACAAGCAGGAGCUGGCGCAAGAGGCGCUGACCCGGCUGGCCAGCACGUCCGCCGCGGUGGCGGCCAACCCGCCCACUACGGUGCUGAAGAACCGCUCCCCCGCGGCGGCGUCCAUGACGGGGUCGCCGGCGGCGGCCAGCGCCUCGGCGGCCACCCCCGGUGGCCCGGCGGCCCUGGCCGCAGGCACCCCAGCCACCACCGCCGCCAGCCGGCCCGGCGGCACCGCGGGCGCCGCGGGGCGGCCGCCGCUGCCGCCGCUGCCGCCGGCGGCGGGCGGCGGCGCGGGCGGCGGCGCGUCGGGCCAAAAGGCGACGCCGGGAGCGGCGGGGUCGGCGCGGCGCGACACUCGGCGCCCGGCCAAGCCCACACAGAAAAGCAACCUGGGCCCGGGCGCCAACGGCAGCGCAUGA